AUGGACAUCAUCUUCUUUUCCCUCUGGGAGAAGGCCAAAUUCUCAAAAGAAUACACCCGCUUCCUCGCAGAUGAUGCUCGGGACGAUUUCCUCCUCCGGCAUGUUGAUCAGGCUAUCCAGAUCAAGAUGAUGGCUGAACUGGGCUAUGGUGCCACAGUACCGAUCAUAGAACGUUUCUUGAUCGCACAUUACGGGGCGUCAGCACAUCUCUGCCGUCCUGAGAAUGUCUCGGAGCUUUUGGAUCAAGCGAAACGUCUCAACACCGUGUAUUACCGUGAUGACCGCACCAAGCUGCUUUACCUCUCCGAUUUCGCUAAGAAUGGUGUUCUGUCGUUUGCUUACCGCCUGGCCUAG